UUCUAGGUAAUGAAAUAACAUUAUCCUGAAAGCGUUCCGAUGCGGCUGUGGUUAAUCAGCAGCUCUCAGAUGCUUUCCCUUCACUCCCUCCUCAAUCAAAACCAUCGCCCGCCAUUGUUAGCCACCAAGAAAAGCUCCCAUGUUUUGAAGACAAAGAAAUCUCACCCAUUUCCUUCCCCUGCUUCUCGUCGCUGUAUUGUGUGUUCAAAGGAGACCGACUCACAGCAGUUCGAGGUCGACCCAGACAAGGCCAGGCAGGCCCUUCAAGAGCUCGACCAGCAGCUUCAAUCCUUCUCCAAAAAACGAGCCACCCCUCCCAAGAACAAAGUUGUUGAAGGCACAAAGCUUCCAAGAGAUCAAAUGAGAGGAGAAAUGGCAGAACUUUCAGAGUCCUUUUUAGCAAACUCUGCUGUUGUUCUCUUCAUCUUCUCCAUUUUCUACAAUGUGCUGUUCUAUGCAGUCAUAAAGCCCUCCAUUGAUACUCCACUGCCAAGCUUAAUCAGUUCUGAGACACAAUCCACUGAGCCACCAGUCUUGCAGCUGCUACCACCUUCAUCUCUGUUCAUAUCCCCCUCACUUCUUACCUAAAUCCUUUACCAUUCAAGAAAUUAUAUUACACAAAUUUAAAAUGGGUGCUGAAUUGUACGAAGAAAAAGUUAUGAACAUAUCAAACUUUUUAUAAUUUAGCUAGUUUUAUUCUUAAAUGAGAAUUCUGUACAUUUUUGUUAUAGAAAUUAAGUGGUUGUAAUUAAAUUCU